AUGAGCCCUCGUACGCUGAUCGACACUCUCUGCCUUUUCGAAGUGCUCAACAUACGCCCUAAAGCCCUCUAUGUAGACGUCAUGCAUCAGCUAGUCAGACAGGUCACUGCUAUGUAUCCUGAUGAGCUCACUGCCCUCCUAGUUACCAUGGCCCGCAUAGGUCUAUCAUCACCAGCUAUGUUGGAUAGAAUAGCAGCAGCGAUACAACAUUCGCAACUUCAGAACAUUCGAUACCUCCACGGUUGCGAACUUGCCGGAGCUAUGGCCGCUCUUGGGUAUGACAACUCGCCCUUUUUCACUGCAUUAGACAAUCGUAUGGAAAUGUGUGCUGAGAUGAUGCCUGUCGAAGAAGUAUGGGAUACCGUCAAGUAUCUGCCCUCACUACAGUAUUCUUGGAAACCUUACGAGAGAGCAAUAUGGGAAGAACUCACCAGAAGGACUAACAAGUUUUAUAAUGAGUUACACGUUGACGAGAUGUCCGAUCCAGUCGGAUUUAUGCAGUUCCUCCGUCUACACAAACGCCUCGAUAAGCGGUUCAUGAGCGCAAUGGCCGCCUGGGCUCGCGUAGCUGUGUAUCGUCCCACGUCCAGGACGUCAAGACGGCCCACAGCACGUGAGCUGGCUCUCAUUGUUGACUACUGUCAAGAGUAUGGUGUUGGCACCGAUGAUACGGACAAUAAACAUGUUCUUCAUAAGGCAGUGCGCACCUUUGUGGCCAACAGGAAACUAAACUGA